UGGAUUGGGGUUGUCUGUUUAGACACAGAAUCCAUGCCGCAGUGCCUCGGACCAAUUUUAACUACAUUUCUUUGCUAUUCACUUUGCUAUAAUUUCUAGGUUUUCCACCACAUACAAAUAUAUAAACUACAACUUAAUCUAAUUUAGAUUUUCGUAAUAAAAUUGAUGUCAAUAGACUCGCGUGCCCAUCCAUCCAAACAAAAUACUUAUUACACAACAUGUCCGAAACUGCGGCCCGCAGAUGUUUCUGAUCAGCCGCAAGGGCGGCACUCUGCUGGCCAUCAACAACUUCCUCUAUCGCUCCAAUCUCAAGUUCUUUGGCAAGAACAACAACAUUCUCUACUGGGAGUGCGUACAAAAUCGUUCAGUUAAAUGCCGCAGCCGCUUGAAGACCGUGGGCGAUGAUCUCUUUGUAACGAACGAUAUCCACAAUCAUAUGGGCGACAAUAUGCGCAUUGAGGCUGCCAUGGUUUCUGGGAUGCUGAUCCACAAAAAACUUAGUUCCCUCACCUACGCUGACCGAACGCAGGGCUCGUGGAAGAUUGAAGACGAAGCCACACCCGACCAGUAACCAUGUCCAUGUCCGUUUUAGACAUUCCCUUAUCGUCCGACAUCAACUAGAAUUAAGUUAUUGUCUCCUCUAUGUUUCUUCUGAUUUAGACUGAGUGUACUAUUUAGGAGGAGAAGUAAGUACCUUUUUGCAUGUGGUUGGAACCAACAGUGUUUUGUCCUCCCCUUCCCCCCAAAUAGUCUUGUCCUGGGUGUUGAGUAUUUAUUCCAGUAUAUGGCAGUGGUCGUCACAACCUGACGGAAAAUAGCUAUUGUAUUCGUGUCACUGUUAUAGGGGAAAUACCACGUAAAAUUUGUAUUUUUUUAAAAUUACCUUGAAUCAGACGAUCAUAUAAUUAAUGUAUUUAUUGAUAGCAUGCUAACACGUCGCUGCUGUACAACAUAUGAUCUGUGGAAAAUUAAAAUUGGUUUUUCAAUCGAAUGGUAGCAAAAUUAAAGCCAAUUGUAGCUAGUAACUUGCCAAAUUUUGUGCAUGCGAACGAA